AUGCGUUUUCAUUUAAUUUCAUUGUUCGCUCUGUUCGUGGCGGUGACAAUUGUCAUUGCAGCUCCUGCGAAUGGAGCUGAGAAUGAAGUUCGCCCCUUAAUAGUGUCAAUUGUUAAGGGUCUCAAGCAAGAAACUGUAAAUAAGGAGGAGGCGGCUGAUGAUGAUGUGGAGGAUGAUCAAGAUGUUGUGGUACAAGAUAAUGAGGAAGAUGGUGAUGAAGAAAGUAACGAUGAUGAAGAUGAUGGCGAAAAUGAGGAUGACUUUGAAGGUGAUGAUGAAAAUAUGGAUGAUGGAGAAGAUAAUGAUGAUGCUGGUGAUUAUGAGGUAGAAGAUAAACACUCAACUAGUAUCAAUGAAGAUAAUCACACUGGUGAUGAUGAAGAUGCAGACAAUAAUGAUGAACACGAUGAAGAUGUCAAUGCAAAUGAUGAAGAGCAAAACGAUGAUGAUGAUGAAAACGUUGAUGACGAUGAAGAUAACGAGGAAAACAACGACGAUGAUGAUGACAUCCAAAACGAAUCAGAUGAUAGCAAGUCUUUAUCAUCUGAAUCUCAGGAAUCUGAUGAAUCCAAAUCAAAACUUAUUGCCCUGCCUAGACCACUACCCACCCAUCAGCGUCAACAGUUUUUCAGACAACAGCUGCAAAAAAGAAAACAACAAUUGAAAAAACUACAUUAA